AUGUGGCGCGGACUUUCACUGCUGAUUUUCUGCUGUGCUGUAAGAAGCCUGGCGGUGGACGGAAGCAUUCGGGAGAAGAUGCUGCUGGCUGAAACCGACGAGCUGAGGCCGAUUAAAGAUGCCAACUCCACAGGCAAAGCAGAGGGUAGUCACCAGUUCCCGGAGAAAGCCGCUCAGGGGAGAGUUCCACAGUUCCAACCCACUGUCGAGCCUCUGGAGGACGAGCUGGAAAACCAAGAGAAUAUAAUAAGCCAGUUGCUGGGAGAUUACGACAAAGUAAAAGCAGUGUCUUCAGGGUCCGACUGUGUGUGUCGCUGUGUUGUUCGACCAAUCAAGCGAUCCGACUGCAGCCAUGUCCAUGAAAGUGACCUAAAAUCACCAUCUCAGGAUUUUUACACUGUAGAGACAAUUACCAAAGGAACAGACUGCAAGAAGUGUGUGUGCAUGGCUCCACCUUCCGCUGUCAAUCCCUGCGAGGGAGAGUACAGGUUUAAAAAACUACAGGAAGCGAGCAAAGAUGACAUCAAGCUGGCAACUAUCAUUGACUUGUUGGAAGGCUCUCUGUAUGGAAUGGACUUGUUAAAGCUCCAUUCUGUUACCACCAAGCUACUGACCAGGGUGGACAACAUAGAGAAGGCAUUCACACAAAAUUUGACUGAAAGAAUGAGAGAGAAAGAACGUGUAAAGGAAAGAGCGAGGGAAAAGGAUAAAGAAAAAAAGAUCCAGCCGAAAAAAAAGAAACUGAAUGAUGAGCGCUCAAGAGUUAAAAGUGGAGCAGCUGCCUAUGGCCACAAGCAGAAGAAUUAUGACAGCCAGCUGAAGACAAACCACCAGCAAGAUGGUGUGGAGGAACAGAACCCAAUCAGGAAUCAGACAGAAACACGAAAGCCAAUCAAAGAGAAGACAGAGCCAAAGCAGCCAAUGAAAGACAAAAACACUGUUGUCAUCAGGGGUGUGACCUUUUAUAAGGCAGAGGAAGAGAGCUACAAGGAGGAUAAGAAAGGCAAAGCACAGAACACUUCUGUAACCACAAAAUCAUCAGUGGAUUUGCAGGUGUCUGAGCAGCUGCCACCUAACAGGCCUUCAAAAACUACCAUAAAGCCAGACCUCAAAGACAUACCGUUGACCAGUUCUUCACCAUCCCAUCCACCAACAGCUCCCCCAUCUACCAGCCAACAAACUAUAACUGCAACCCAACCAGUUCGCUCCUCCACAACAACUCCAAAGCCAACGGCAACUACCCAAAAAUCCUUAACUACCAGAACUGCUAUUUACCCCACUGCGCCUGUCAGCCAGUAUACCACUUCACCCUCAGACACCAAUAUCACUCCACCUAUUGGUGCAGCUCCCACCUCAGCGCCUCAGUCAAGAACCAAAAGCCGCCUCAGCUGGACAGAGAGCCCCGCUGACCAACCAGUGGUUACCAAAAAGCCAGGAGUGUGUAAGGACACAGUAGCUAGCAUCUCUGAACCGGUCCAGAAAAAUACUUAUGGCCUUAGUGAUGGAGCCUGGAUGAGAGAUGCUCGUGGUCAUGGGAACGUCAUCUACCUCACUAGUGGUCACUAUGGCAGCAACCUACUGGAGUUCCGAGACAUGGACACCUUCAAAUUAGGUCAGACAAGUAAUUCAUACAAGCUACCUUACAGUUUCACUGGAACAGGCCAUGUUGUGUUUAAUGGGGCUUUCUACUAUAAUCGAGCCUUCAGCAGGGACGUUAUCAGAUAUGACCUGAGGCACAGAUAUGUGGCUGCGUGGACCACACUGCACGAUGCUUUACUGGAGGAGCAAAUUCACAGGACACAGACUGAAGUCGAGUUUGCGGUAGAUGAGUCCGGCCUGUGGCUGCUUUACCCUGCUUUGGACACAGAGGGCUUCCACCAGGAAGUUAUCCUGCUAAUCCACCUCCACCCUCGAGACCUUCAACCAAUACAGACCUUUCGCACAGGUCUCAGAAGAGGUCGUUACGGUAACAGCUUUUUGGUAUGUGGCGUGCUUUAUGCAGUGGAUAGUAUGGAGCGUCGCUAUGCAAAUGUGACCUACGCAUUUGACACUCACACGCUUACGCACACAGUGCCAAGCCUGGCGUUCACAAACAUGCAUGCACAUAACUCCCAGCUGGCUUAUUGUCCACUGGACAAGAAACUGUACUCAUGGGAUAAUGGUCAUCAGAUGAUGUAUGAUGUCAUUUUUGCUUAUUUAGAAUAA